AUGGCUGAAUUGCAAGCUGUUUUGUUAUGUGGUGGUACGGGUAGUCGUAUGACAGAAUUGUGCGAUACGAUGUUCAAAUUCCUGUUGCCUAUAGCAGAUGUGCCUAUGUUUUGGUAUCCAUUGAAUACCUUAGUGAACUCGGGACUGAAA